CGCUUGACGUCGUCGCGUGCUGCACAGCUGCAGCAAGGUGCUUGUGAGUUUCACGCACGCGGCGGCGCGUCACGCGCGGUUCUCUUACCGAUCUCGAUAAAUGCGAUUGGACGACUGCGUUUGCACCGCUCAGCUCGCGAGCGCGCUAGGCAGCCGCUGCGUUUAGCAGGCUGUGUCGCCAGGCUAGCUCUUGCUGCAGCGGAGAGCAGCUCGCAGUUGCGAGCGCUGAGCGACGUAGGAAUUGUUUCAGCUGCGGCGUACGCUCUGCACACUUGAGAACUCGUCGUGCUCGCGAUCAUCAGCUCUGCAACUGCGACGCCGCGGUCGCAUUGGCACAAAACACACCACCGCACUUGAACCGCUGCGAGCGCCGCGACGUCGCCGUACGACGACCAAGCAAGCAAGCGGACUGCACUGCAACAUCAACAGCAUGGGCCGCGUGUCGCGCCGCCACCAGGCCAAGCGCCGCCGAUGGAGGGAAGCGGGCGUCGCCGAGCGCAAGCUCGACACGUCGUUCUGGCUCGCGUCGGGCGGCGACCUGGAGGACGACGCGUCGUGGGCCGGCGACGACCGGGGCGCCUCGGAUGAUGACGACGCCGUCGACGCGUUUUUGCUGGGGGCGAACCCCGACGGCGCGCCGGAUCCCGACGAGGUUGAUGAAGACGGCUCGGACGACGCGGACUCGUGGGCCGGCGACGGCCGCGACGGGGGCUCGGACGACGACAUGUGGGGCGCCUGCGACGACGACGACGGCGACGUUGCGAGCGCGUCGGACCCGGACUCGGACUCGUCCGACGACGCCUGGGCGCGCGAGUGGGCGCGGCGGCUGUCGACGGACGAGACGUCGCCGCGGGGCGCCGCGACGGAUGCCGGUGCGGCGGAGGCGCGGCUCGCGCGGGAGAUGCUGGGUGAUGACGUCGUGAUGGCCGACAGCAGCGGCGACGACUCCGACAGCAGCAGCGACGCCUCCGAGAGCUCCGACUCGGACGCGAGCUCCGCCGAUGCACCGCCGGCCGCCUACCGCGAGCCCCUCGUCACGACGUGGGACAAGAAGCGCAAGCGCAAGAGUGGGGGCUACUCGCCGCGCGGCGGCAUCGUGCGCGCGCGCGCCGACUCGAAGGAGGAGCUGCGGCGCCAGCGCCGCGCGGCCAAGUUCGCGGCCGACGCGGCGAAAGCGCCACCACCAAUCCCCAAGCGUACGUUCGCCCACCCGGGCGGAAGGAUUACCUCAAAUAAAGAAGAGGCGACGGAGAAGUUCCUCCGGCGCCAGAAGAAGCAGAGUAGUCCCUAAAUAUUACA